AGCCACUGAUUUCCCCUAUAAUUCUGCUCAUAACCUCGCGACGAGAACCCCUCGAUAUUUUCAUCAACAAUAAUUGUUUAAAUCUUGUCAAUUACUCUGGAACUCAGAUUAAAUAAAUAAAAUACCAGGAUGAAAGGAUUAUUUAUGUUUCGUGGAUUUCACACGUCGACGAUUCAGAAUGAAAUCAGAAAAUUAUCUCGAUUGAGAGUUGUUGAUAACAGUGAAAUUGGAAAGCAGGCGAUGCUUGAAGGAAAGCCCCCCAAAUGCAUCCAUAUUUAUAAUAAAAGGGGAUUCGGUUUAAUUGGGGAUCGAGUCCUGGUGGCGAUCAAGGGUGAGAAGAAGAAAGGAAUUCUCGUGGGUCUGAAGCAGAAGCAGUCCCCCAAGGUCCCCAGGUUCGACAGCAACAACAUCGUCCUCAUAGACGACACCGGUACACCCCUGGGCACGAGAAUUCACGUGCCAAUUCCCCACAUUCUACGAACCAUGAUGAAGGAAAAAACACACUCCAAGGGUGCAGACUACACUAAACUGAUAGCAAUAGCCUCGAGAUUUGUAUAAAAAUAAAUGGAUAUUAAAUAUUAUCGUAAUCUUAGUAAUCAAAAAUUUGUCUUUAGGUGAUUUUCAUCAGUUGAAAAUGAAGAGUCAGAGAAUUUUGGACAUUAAUAUUUUUAUUAUUGAACAAUUCAUCUUUCUCCUCGAAACUGAUUCAUAAACAAGUCCCAUCGCAAUCUGCAUAAUGAAAAAUUAAUGGGAACAGGAUUUAGCAAUUUUUAGUUCUCAACACGUGAUCUCUACUUUCUUUGGUUGUUCAUCGUCAUUUAAAAAUAUGGAUUCAGUCCAUUCAUAACACUCGAGCCUCAACACAACAAUCUGACAAAUGGAAAGUACAUUAGAGGAGUCUACACGAGACUAGAGUAUAAAACAUCCCCCACAAGCACUACAGGUAAAUUCAGUAAUGAAAUCCUCAAGGGUAACAAAUCGAUCCAAUAGUUCCGUCAGUUUUCGUAGAAUAUCUCUGAAUCUAACAGAAACAUCGAAACUGUCGUGAGAAUACUUUUUAAAGCUCUCGUCGCACUUUACAAAAAAGAUUCCCAUGCUAAUUUCGAUAGCUCUGUUGAAUCCAGAGAUAUGCUCCAAAAUAGAAACGAAAACCAUUUGUUACCAUUUAUAAUUUUAUUAUUGAAUUGACAUUAUAAACAUUUACUGCUCCCAAUUCGCUAAUUCAGAUGAAAUGGGGUGUUAGAAAUAUGAAAACAGGCAAUAUACAUCGUCGCUGCUGGCAAAAUCACUGAAAAUUUCUCGUAAAAAAAUCUAAAUGACGUGCAAAAUUAAGAAGAGAGUAAUAAAAAAUUCAGUGUGUAGACUCAAUGCUGUUUUAUUACCGUUAAUUAUCAGAUGACAUGUAGCCGGAACAAAAAAUUAAUCAAUCAGUGAUUCAUUCAGAGUCAAUCACUUUUAUUUCAAUGUCUCAUGCUGCCCAACGAUUCAUCAUCAUUAAAAAAUAUCGCAAUGAUUUAUCCAGACUUCUCUCCCCGUUCUCUCCUCAAAAUGAUGACGAUGUAAAAAUUGGUGAAAAAAACAAAUUUAAUUGCUGAAUUUUUGAUCAUGAACUCGAAA